AUGUUUGCUAUUUCAGUAACAGCAACUCUGGAUCCGAAGGAGAAUGGCAAGAUCGGUUUUGUGGCAUUCGCUUUCAUCACGACUUCCAAUUUUACAGCGGCUAUCUGUGGUGCUGCAGCUGGUCUUGUUAUCAAACCAGGUCAACUGACUGUUAAAAAUGUUUCCGACUCUAACAAAUCGUUCAUGGCUGAAGGUGUUAUACAAACCUCCGAUAUCUUUGCCGAUAUGCUUUUUAAUCUCUUCCCAGAUAAUCUUAUUGGAGUCCCGCUAUUCCAGGUGCGAACAGCCUACAUUAAUUCAGGCAAUGCAACAGAGCGAACGGUGAAAAAGAUCGAUUCUGUGAAUAUGCUCGGUCUUCUUUUCUGUUGCUUUGCGUUUGGAAUUGCUGCGGGCAACGUCGGUGAAAAAGGGAAACCGUUUCUCAACUUCUUUCAAUCAAUAUCUGCCAUAAUCUUCAAAAUUAUGAACUUUAUCCUUAAAUUCACCCCACUCGGCGUCUGCUUCAUGAUCGUCAGUCCAAUUGCAGGCGUAAAAGAUCUCGGAAACACAUUCAGCCAAUUAGGUUUUUUCAUGGUAACAGUGAUAGUUGGUCUUCUGGUCCAUUUAAUAAUCAUCUUUGCAGUGUAUGCCAUCUUUACCCGUUCAAAUCCUUUCCGCCUUCUUCCCUAUACCUUCAAGAUUUGGCUGAUUUCUGUCACAACUCUUGCUCCAGUUAUCACGAUCCCGGAUAUGUAUGACGCAAGUGAUCGAUUUGGAAUUGACCGACAGUUGUCCAGGUUUGUUGUGCCGCUGACAGCGGCUCUGAAGGGUGACGGUUCGGCUGUGUUCCUCUCUACUUCGGCUAUUUUUAUUGCCCAGCUGACAAACACGCCAAUAACCUCUGGGAUGGUUGUCAUUAUUAUGUAA